AUGGCGGACCACGAUUGCAAAGACUUGGAUAUGGGGUUCUCUUUCUCUCUCUCUCUCUCUGCCUCUGUUAUAACACCCGUAGUUGUUUCUGUGUUUGUGUAUAUGAAUUUGACCCUCCUCAGCAACCCUCUCAGAUAUGAAGAUAAGCCACUAGAGCCAGAGAGUGAAGGAGGUGCAGAUGAGUAUCUGGAGAGUAUAAUCUUGGGUACCCGUGCUCUGCAGAUCAGCAUGAAUACCCCUGUGAUGGUUGAAUUGGAGGGUGAGACUCACCCACCUGAGGAUAGGAGUUCUCCAGCAAGUGCUUUGGAGAUUAGGAAAAUUCUUGAUGUUCUGAUGCACGCAUCAGAAUGUCCUUUAGCUCCUGCAUCACAGUGUCAGUAUCCCAAUUGUCGUAAGAUUAAGGGGCUUUUCCACCAUGGAAUUCAAUGCGAGGACCGUGUAUCUGGAGGAUGUGUUCUCUGUCAGAAGAUGUGGUAUGUCCUUCUACUUCAUGCUCGAGCUUGCAAAGAAUCUGAGUGCCAUGUGCCACGUUGCAGCGAUUUAAGGGGACAUAUGAGGAGACAGGAGCAGCAGAAGUCUGUGACGGAGAUGAUGAGCGGAUGGAGGUUGUGA